UUAAUGUAUACGGACAAAUAUACUCAGUGAUUUUAUUGACAUUAUUUAAAGGAUGAAUUCAUUGAACAAUGACAAGGAACUAUUAAACAUGUAUUUUACAACUCAAAGGUAAAAUACCCCAACUUUAUACUACCUUGAGACUUGAGAUAGAUCUCAUGAUAUUUUAUUGGCAAAAAAUAUUGGGAUUAAAAAUCUGUGCAAGGCUUGGAAUAUAAUGUGACAAUGGUAUCAAUGAGCGCAUACCUUACAUCAGUAUUCUUGUUUCUGAAUGUUCUUGUAUCGACCAUACAAUACUGUCCAAGUAUAAGUGGUGAUUCCGUGUCAUGGUGGAUCCUAUACCAACAGAAAGACAGACCUUUCAUACAUUACUAUGUCGAUAGUACUAACAAUGAAAACAUAACGGUUCAUUUUCCAGAAAAAGCUGACAGUGUUUUAUCGCGUGUGAUACUGUCCAUUAUAAAUACUGAGUCUGCAGAGUAUAUGGUUUAUUUCAGCGAUUUUCUAAACGCAAAAAAUAUCGCAGAUAUCAAGCAGUCUCCAAUGAGAUCGCAAUGGAUGCAUGGUAUUUUUGCCACAGAUAACUCAUGGAAAUCUGGAACCUGGUUACUAAGCAAUAAUCUUCUUUUUCCACCAACAAAAGAUAGUAAUUUAGUUUCACCAGAAUCAAGACAGUGGAUAUUGUCUACUAUUGGAGAUAGUGCAGUAGAUUUGUUUUAUGUUUGUAUAUCAGCGGAUAGCAACAAAGAUGUUCAAAGUAUAUUUGGGAAAAUAUUAGCUGGGAACCCAUUCAUCUUCAAUCAGAGAAUAAACGAAAACGCAUUCAUGAAAGCAUAUCUACAAGACGUACGGCCACUUAAUUCAUCAUUUAGCUUGCAUGCAUCUGCAAACCUUUUUUUGAAUUGCGUGUAUGCCACAAGGAAUGAGACACAACAACACUGUUUAUUCAAAUACUCUGUGGAGACUGGAACUGAAAUAACUGUCUUUACAAGACCACGGGGGAUGAUCAAACGUUCCAGAUCAUUUUGCUACAAUGCACAGUCUCAACAUGUGUACGAGUUUGGUGUGCUCGAACAAACCUCAUCUGAUAACACAGGGAAGACAAGUAAUUCUAUGUUUGUGUUAACAGAUAAUAAGGAUUCUCCUGCUUCAGGUAUUACCUGCUUUGGACAAGAUAUAUCUGCCAGUACAGAGACCGUUGCAAUCAUGAUUUGUGUCCGUCUACCAGGACUUUACAAAAAUAUCAUAGAAUCUUCUGAAGUCAGUACUUGGACCUGCCCACAGCAGAAACAGCCUACAUCACACAAAACCAGUAUCUCUCGUCCUAAUGACAAUACAGUGUCUUCGCCGUUAGUUUCUGCAGGACAUCUUACAAGUAACGAAAUACAAAGCGAGAAAACAGAGGAUAUUGAACAUGAAAAUGCAGAGCAUGAUCCCAGAGAAAAACAAUAUACGAAAUUCUGUGAUUUACACGAUUGUUCUAUGCCAAAUGAAAACCUAAAUAUCUAUUCAGAAGUUGAGAAAAAUAUACAGAGUAAACCAUUUCAGAAGUCAGAAAAAGUUAGCAAAAGCUUUGAUGAUAUGGUUACUGACAUUCAAAUGCAUGAGACAAUGAAGAUGCCCUCAAAAUUGAAGAAAGAACAGAAAAUCCCAAAGAGACCAAGUAUUCAAUUGCGGUAUUCCGAUGACGAAACAAUGAUGAAUAAGUAUUUGCUUAAGACUGAACAAGCUGUAUUGGGAUUAUUUUGCAAUGGCUGCACGUUUUGUCAAAAAGCAAAAAACGAAAUACUUUAUCUCGGACAGAAACUAGUACUUUCAGCACUUGAUAUAGUAAUUGUCGACAUUAACAACAAGUAUCUUCCAAGCCAUUUGGAAGUUCCAUGGACACCAUUUAUAAGGUAUAAACGACAAGGUACUUUAUCUUCAUGGAUUGAUAGUGUGGAAAAUAGAUAUGACAAAAUGUCUGUGAUGAAGUUCUUGCACGAGUCAGUGACAACAGAUACUAGAAAUACAACAGUGCAUCAGACAGUAGACAACCAGCCAACUAGACGAAGAAAAAGAAGAUCAUCCAUUGAAAUUUCUAAAGAUGGGUGUGCAAAGCAGGAACCCAGUUCAAGUCCUCAUAAAUCAAUGUGUCCAGUAGAAAAAGGACGUUAUGAUUGUUAUGGAAAUGUAAUGCGUCUUAAACCAAAAGGAAGGAGGAGUAAGACGAAUAGUAAUGAAUGGGACAAAACUAAGUCUCAAGAAGCAGUUAAGCAGGAUUAUAUGGAAAUCCUUAAACGAAUGGAUUGUUAUAAAAAAGCUGGUGCCUGCAAUUGUAUAUCACCAGCCGUGAUAGCGGCCAUUGCAAGCAGGGAGUCUCGUGCAGGUAAAUUGUUGUAUAAAACCAAAGGCUAUGGAGAUAAUAAUAAUGCAUUCGGCAUUAUGCAGUGUGAUCUACGAUACCAUAAAACGUGUAAAGCCCACGCAUGGGACAGUUGUGGACACAUUAACGCGAUGGUUGAAGACGUACUGAUAUCAUAUAUAAAAGAAGUACAAACAAAACAGCCUAAAUGGGUUAAGGAGAGGCAGCUUCAAGGUGGAGUAGCAGCCUAUAAUUUUGGAGUAUCAAAUGUACAGACAUGGAAAAAUGUAGAUUUAAAUACAACCAAUCAUGAUUACAGUAACGAUGUAAUUGCACGUGCUCAGUGGUUGAUUAAUAAUAAUCCUGAUCUAUGGAAAAAUUAAUUAUCAAACAAUCACAUUGAUGUCGAAUUCAGUUUAAUUUAAAAAAAAAAGAUAAAUCCUCACGUUCAUUAUAUUUCAUUUGAACAUGUUUCAUUUGCUAAGUCUAGGUUAGUCUAUGGAAAGGUAUAUACUAUGAAAUUUAGAGCGAGGGGCUUGCCCCGAGCUCUUAAUUUCAUAGUAUAUACCUUUUCAUAGACUAUCCAAUUUAGCACAUAUUUACAACUCGAGUAAUCUUUUAAUUGCUCUAUUGAUAGUUUAUUUUGGCUGACUACUUGUAUCACAGAUGUUUGUAAAACAGAGCUCAUUAACGAAUUUUAUGUUUUGUAAAUCUACUCACUAGUAUCAUUGUAAAAUAUGUGAUUUCAAAAGGCCCUAGAAUGAAAAGAUGAUAGCUGCUGGUGUAAGUAUGUAUAUUGAUAUAAAGCGGUAUUUUACUAUACAUAUACUUCUUUACAUGGUAAGAUGACAAAAUGAAUUGACCAAAAGCAGACAAUAAUUAAAUUGCAGCGGAAGCUUUACAUGUUUUGAAAACACUUUUCAAUUUCACAGUAAAACUAAAGCUAUAAUAAAUUGAAAUUAUUUGAAAGAUAUAGAUAGUUUGUCCCCAUAGAUAGUCUAGCGAAUAGCAUUAAAAAGCAACUACCAAUAGAUCAGAGAUUAUAGGUUUUGUGUUUUUUUGUUUGUUUAUUUUCAAAGUAAAAACUAAAAGAUUUAUCAGAAUAUGUAUAUAUGUAUAUAUAUAUAUAUAGGUGGCACAUUCUCUUCAGACAUUAUCAUGGUUUUUCAAUUCAAGACAUGCAUGAAAUAUUUGCCACUGGACAUUAAGCAACCAAUAAUCAAUCAAUUCAUGACGAAAUAGAUCAAUUUCCCAAAGAAGUUAAUAAAAUCACCAGGUUGCCUUAAUUUCCCUUCACAAUAAAUCGUAGUACACACUUUUUUUUGUGUACAAAGUAAUUGCAUGGACGAUAAAUUAUUACAAUUUUAAGAUAGCGCUGUACUUUAAUCAAGGUAUAAAAGAACCAUAUGUGUUACUCUUUAUUUAAAUGAAGAAGAAAAAACUUGCAAUUGUCAAAAACAUUUUUUAGAUCCAAAGAUUUUAAUAGCAGGAUAUUUAAAAAUUAAUGUGAAAACUAAUUACAAACUAUUUAAUUUAAUUUGGAACACAGUAUUUUAUUUCAAAAUAGCCAGUGGCAAUUUUUGUUUUCAUAUCUUGAUUACGAUACAAUGAAAUCUUACCCUUGUGGUCAUUCAUGUGUAGUUACUUAGUACACGGAAAAGUAUGUACUAUGAAAAUUAGAAGGCAAAUUCAAGCAAUAUGAUUGGACGAGAAGUUGUAAGUAGGUGCUAAUACAAAUAACAACUUAGAUAGUCUCUUCUUAUCAUAAUAAUUCAUGAUUCAUAAAUAUAAUGACAUGCAACAACAACAUUAAACAGUUAUAAAUUUGAACAAUAGUAAAAAGUACACAGUAUCCCAAAUAAAUAGCAGUCCUAAGUUACGAUGCUUAUCCAAUGACAUACUAAACUGUAUAAAUUCAUAAGGAAGAAAGACAAAUUCAAUAAGAUCAAAAAGCACGUUCUAAUAAAAUUCAAAAUGUCUGUAAAUAAGAAAGUAUUUUUAUCAACAGUCCAUUAAGAUAAAAGCAAUUAUAAAUUACCGUAUGGCCUUCAACAAUGAGGAAAACUCAUAUCGUAAAGUCAGCUAUAAAUGGGCCCGAAAUUACAAAUAUAAAACAAUUCAAACAAGAAAACUAACGGUCUAGUAUAUACGAUGCAAUUUGUGAAAAAAUAAAUCCUCGCUAGUUUGUAAGAGUAAAAUAUUUGACCAAUCUGUAAUGUGUGUCUUCUCAUGAAAUAUGUGUUGCAUGACAACAUGAAAAUCUGUGGCCCGUUUUUUUUUUAUUAAAGUAUAUGGCCUUUCUAUAAGUUAGACUUUCAAUAUGACUCCAAGGAACUUUGUGCACUUUGUUUUUUUUCUAUAUGUCGUUUUAAAAGAAAAAAUGUUACGUAUUAUGUAUCCCUUAAUUCCGAUAUUAGAUUUGGUUGAUACCACGUUCAAGUCCUGAAAAUAGCUGUUUCAUCAAUGUAUGUUUGCAUCUAAAACUAAUUGUGUCUGUUAUGCAAAUUAAGUGCCAUUUAUUUUACAUUUUUUUUUAAAUUCAAUACAUUCUACCUGUCUUGCAUAGUAGACAUAUCAAAUGUGAGUAUUUGUAUUAGGAAACGGAUUAAUAUAAGUUUACAGCUUGUUUCAAGAUCCUAUUAAUAAUUUCAUGGUAUUUAUAUGUUCAUGCCAGAUUCUGUACUAGUAUAUUAUUUAACUUGAACUGAAUUAAAAACAAAUAUAUCAUAA